AUGGUGAAAAGCAAGCAUCGAAACUAUACUAUCAAGGAGAAGCUAGACAUACUGUCCCAACAUGUCAAAGGCGUCAAAGGAAAAGGCUUCUUCGCGCUUGGAAAGAAACACCAGAUUGCUUCUGGUACAAUUCGAGGAUGGCUGGGUGAUGGAGGAAGUCCUGCCAAGCACGGCGAUGUAGAACGUCGUCUACAUGAGUGGAUUCUAGAUCGUAAUGCCAUGGGACUGCGGGUCAAAGAUGCUUACAUCCGACUACAAGCUGUGAACAUCUACCGAGAUCUCCAUGGCCCGCAGGCAUCGGGCUUUGAUGCCUCGACGGGUUGGCUUGCACGAUUUAAACGUCGGAAGAACCUCGUCUCUCGGCGUCAGACGACUACACAAAUCCUACCUGAUAAUUCUGGAGAGAUUUGUCGUAAUUUCAUUCAGCGUGUUCAACAGCUCAUCCACCUACACAAUAUUAAGCUGGAUAAAAUCAUUAACAUGGACCAAGUACCAAGGUACUUUAAAACGGAGCCUAAGACGACCAUCACGACUCGGGGAUCACCAAGUCGUCGAGUCGAUGACAUCAAGAAGGCAUUUACACUGUGUGGGGUGGAACCAAAGACAAGCUUCAACCGUGACAAGCUUCAUCAGCCUUUAAAAGACCUUCUGGCAUCCGACCUCGACAUGGAAAAAUGGCAUGCAUCGUACCAACAUAUCCGUGGCGAAGCAGACGAUCGAGAACAGCUCUGCGUAGCAGCUCCUUCCUUGUACCUUCCUGACAACGAGAGGUCGAGCUUGUUUUACUGCUUACUCUUCGGUGUAUCAAUCGCUGUAGAUGACUUCGUUUACGAGCUUGUGAGCUACAUGAAGAACUUGGAAGAUCUAAGUGGCCUCAUUGACGAGCUGUAUCUGGACGAGCUUCAACAGGGAAACACGGAUCCGGGAGAGUUGGAGAUUCAUGCGGCUUCAAAGCUCCACAGCUGGAAUGUUGUGGUGACUGCAGUGGACAAGGACUGCAAAGUGGGCUCAAAAUUUACUUACUAA